UUAGAAGCGUGUAAAUUGAUGUGUGAACAUAAGCCAGAAUUUAAUCAAGUAUUUAAUGGAGAAAUUAACUAUACAAGUCCUUUGCUUCAAAAUGAACUGAUUGGAAUUUGUGCUGAAAAUGUUCGCAAUAUGAUUGUCACAGAAAUAAAAAAAGCUGGUAGUUAUUCAAUUAUGAUUGAUGAAGCUAGAUGCCAUAAACAGGAGCAGAUGUCACUUUGCAUUAGAUAUUCAAACAACUUUGAAGUUUUUGAACGGUUUUUAGGUUUUAUCAAUGUGUCUGAAAGCCAAAAUUCUGUUUCUCUUGUAUCUGCUAUUUUAUCAUACUUAAAAGUACUGACAGUUGAUGAUAUUCCAAUUAUUGCCCAAUCAUAUGAUGGUGCAAAUGUAAUGUCUGGUUCCAAAAGAGGAGUACAGACUUUAUUAAGGGAACAUUAUCCUGAUGCUAUAUACAUCAUUGUAUGGCGCACAGGUUGAACCUCGUUGUUAUUAAUAUGUGCAAUCAUGUAAAGUACUCCAAAACUGUAUUCAAUAAAUUAGAGGCUAUUUAUGUUCAUUUUUCUACUCCAAAAAAAAAACAAAAAACUGCAAGAAGUACAAAAAAAAUUAAAAAUGAAUAAGUUAACUUUAUCUGCUAUUAGUGAUACCCGUUGGGUAUGCAGACAUAAAAACUGCAAAGCAGUUAUUGAAAAUUUUAGUUCUAUUGUUGAAGUUUUAAAACAUGAAGUUGAGGAGGACAAUGAUAGAGAUGUUUCUAGAGCUAUUGGUAUUUUAGCUACUAUACAAAAAACAGAAUUCGUGGUAAAUUUACAUGUUAUGCACUUCGCAUUGGGUAUAAUAAAUAUUUUAAGUAAUAAGCUGCAAAUUAAAACCGAAACAUUAGGCCAUGCUGCAAGUACUAUAGUAGGUGUUAUCGAAACAUUUGAAGAUAACAGGAAUUCUGUAUAUUUCUCAGACUUAUGGAAAUCAAUUGAAGAAUUUUCAGACAAGCAAAACAUCAAAUUAGAAUUGCCAAAUACAAAUUUAAAAAGAAAGAGAAAAGAACCUAUCGUCCAUAUAAGGAAUAUCUAUUCCUAUUAUUCUUACCUAUAUCCUACCUACUAUUUACAUUUCACUAAUAUUUAUAUUUAUUAUUAA